AAGUGAAAGGAACGUACCUUGAAGGGUGAGAGAUGGAUGGAUCUCUAUCACCUGACAGCAAGUCACCUGCCACGGGCAACAACAAGAGGAUGGAAGAUUCACGAUUUCGAGCAGAGAACAAGAACAACCAAUUUCCACCGGACCGAAAGGAUAUCAGGGGAAAUAAUAGGGACGGAAACAGCGAGCAGCCAGGAUUUGAACGGGAAGAAAGCGUUGUGGAGGAUUGUAGAGGGGAACGUAGGGAUAAACAGGUGAGGAAGUAGUAAGUAGAAGAGAGAGAGAGAGAGGAACUCACGUGGGCGACGGGCAGGCGACGAGGCCGAAGUUCAUGCCUGGGGCGGCCUGAAGGGACCGGCUGCGCAGUCACCUGAUGUCUUAGUAAUCGUCACCACCA